AUGAGGAUCUGGACCGUCCUGGAUCUGGACCGUCCUGGAUCUGAUGGAAAAACACGAACUAAAGACAAGUACCGGGUGGUUUACACCGACCACCAGCGCCUGGAGCUGGAGAAGGAGUUCCAUUACAGCAAGUACAUCACCAUCCGCAGGAAGGCGGAGCUCGCCACCACCCUCAGUCUGUCCGAGAGACAGGUGAAGAUCUGGUUCCAGAACCGACGAGCGAAGGAGAGAAAAAUCAACAAGAAGAAGCUCCAGCAGCCGGCCUCCUCCACGACCACGCCCACUCCGCCCACUGGAGGCGGCGCGGGAGGAGGCGGUCUCCAUGGGAACGGCGGCAGCAGCGUCGCCAUGGUGACGAGCAGCAGCGGCAACAACGGUUUGGUGUCUCCUUCCCUGGCGCUGAACAUCAAGGAGGAGUACUGAGGAGGACACGGACGAGGUUUCGUUGGACGCCGAUGUGGAAAACGGAAUCUUUCUGCUUUUCCACGUUUCAAAGUACAAACUUCAUUCAGCCUCCGCCUGGUUCCAGGAGCUGUCCUCCCAACGACUGUCGCAGAUUUCUUUUUUAUUGUGAAAAACGGCUGCAGACAGGAAGUUCAGUGCGUCUGAUCAGCAGCAGCCGACUGGCAGGACUCCAGCAGACUUCUGUUAAUAUUUAGAGAAAUAAA